CCGGCCCGCCGGCCGGGCCGGAGUCGCUCGGGUCUCGGGCGAAUCAGUGCGCGUUUCCCUCUGCCAUUUGCGCGUCGGUACGCGGCAGCGGUGUUACCGGAAUCUCUCUCGACGUGUGCUUACCGGUGCGUAGAAGAGGAGGACGCGUAACCGCCGUGUCUGUACGAGGUGUGCUUUUUACGAGUCCGGUGCUGUUCCUGCGUGGAUUUCUCGCGAUCAAAUCGAUCGGUAUGGCGGACACAGAGGCCAAGGAAACAAAAGUCACUACCCCUCAGAAGAAGGUGGUCGAGGAGAAAGUAGUGGAGGAAGAAAUUGAUGAGGAAGAUUCUAAAGCAUCUGAAAAUGGUGAUACCAUAAAAGAAACCAAAGAGAAUGGCUCGAGCGAGGAAAAGGAGGUUGACGAGAAAGAAGCAGAAUCUACAGAAAAUGGAGAUUCUACAGAUGCUCCCGCCGACAGCUGUUGCAUAAAGAGGAAAUCAACAGCUGGAGCUGAGGCAGGAGAGGAUGCACAGGACGGUGCGAGUCCCGAGAAGAAGUCGAGACUCGACGAAAAGUGCGUUGAAGCCGAGAAUAACGGCGACGCGGAGGAGGCCACGGCCUAAUAUUCUCUCAUGUUUAUUAUUGACAGACCUAAUCCAUAGACGCAAUUUUAACUACCGAGUGUGAAGCCAGGGCAGAUCGUCUGUGCAUUUUCAGAGAAAGAAUGGCGAGCAUAUAAGAGCAUAUAAGAGCAAAAAAAUACAGAAAAAGGAACAUUUGACGUUUAUUGCAUUAAAGACUUUCUGUGUUCAGGAUGCUUGUGUGUCUCCCAUAGUAUUUCUUACAACAAAUUGGCAAUAUCGAUACGAGUCCGAUAUUUAUCGAGAAAUCAUAAUUACAUGUGAUUAAUGUAAAGCUUAAACAAACCGUGCUCUCUCUGUACUGGCAUCCACUGCAUACAUAUUAUAUAUUCACUUAGCGUUAGUGUCUUAAAGUAAGAAAAUAUACCGCGAUAAUGUUUAGAAAUAAUAUAUUUCUAAUUCAUCAAGAGAGACAAAUGAUAGUGCGAUGUCUGGAAAAUGGGUACAUUGUGCAACAUAAUAUUUCCAACUACUGCUAGUCCUCAUUGUUUCCGACGCACAGACACACAUACUGUAGCUUAUACAUAUAGACACACACCUUGAACUAUACAUCGGAGAUAGAAUACAGAUAUUUUUCUGCGAAUCAAAAUACAUUCCCAAAAAUAGAUUAUGACUGUUCGCCGAUGAAAUUGUUAAGAGAGCGCCAUUUCUAUAGCUGGCAUUAAAUGUACAUGUUUCAAUGAUAUUUUAUUUAUGUAAAACUAACUUUUACAAGAAAAAAAACUGGACUGUUUAUAUUUUAGAAACUAUUAAGUUCUGCCAACACAUAUAAUGUGUUUGACAAAAAAGAUUAUUUUUUUGUUUUCAAGAAAUCUUUCAAAAAGGUUACCAUAAAUGAUUUCUAAAACGUGUGUGGUCGUUUUUAAAAACUGAAAUAAAUAUAUUUCUUUUUUUGUGUAAUUUUUCUUACGAGGCGUGCAGUAUACACAUAUAAUUUGUCUUUUACCUCAAUUUUCGUACAUUGUACCUAUGUAUGUUUAAAAACACUAAUGAAUGAAAAGAUUGGUUUAAAUUUUGAUAAUGACAUAGAAAAUUAUCGGAUAAAAAAAUAUCGCAGUUGACACAGAAAAUUAUCACAAUUUCGAAAUUGAUUGACGUAAUUAAUUCAUUGAUUUGCAUGUUGAAAACUAUAUUAGAUAGUUGUCAGACAAGGUAUCACUUUCCUUUUUAGUUGCGUUUGUGUAAUGUUAGUUUCAAAAGUUUCAAUAUCAUUUUAUUUAUCGCUAAAGUAUCUCAGUCAUACGAUAAUGAUUUGUAUAAUUUUCAACAUUAUUUUGCUUCAUGUAAUAGAUAUAUUUGUCAAUCAGUGGAGGUAAUAACAUUGUAUGAUUAAGGUUUAAAAUGGUAAAAUGUGUUCAACAGCUAAUACAAAUAAAGAUGGUUCUCUAUA